AUGACUCUCUCGACACUGAAAGACUGUUGCGACAAACUCAGUGAUACGCUAGGUCGACUGCGAGCCCUUGAAGAAGACACUAAGGGUAGACUCCAAACAGUGGAGGUUGCACUGGAGCAGAACAACACAAGCCCGGCCCAGGAAGUACGAAAUGAGACCCGAAGUCUUGCAAGGGAGUUUGACAGUGUACGGCAGUGCCUCAGUAUUUGCUCUAAUGCAUCUGUUUGGGUUAACUCUGGCAAGGUUCACACGCUGGAGGAUAUCACGAUAGGCAAGGAUGGAAAGCAGAUGCUUAUUGCUACCCUCGGAGAGCUUUUUGACGCGAGACGGGUGCAACUAGGCCAGGGAGCAAUGCAGGUAGUAGCGUCAUCUUCUGACGCAUCGCUGCAGGAGCUGUUUAGGGCGCAGAGCAGACGAUAGUUCAAUUGAGGUUUUAAAUAUAAGCGUAAGCUCAAACGAGCUCAAUACAGUUCAUCCUUAAGGCUCAGCUAUUUGCAUGCCUUCCUCUGGUCCCGAGUGGCCGCGUGAAGCCUUGAAAGGAAGGCGUCGCAAGUUUAUCAUCGGUAUGCGAUUCGGGCGCUCUGGGUCGAUUCCGGACAGCCUCUGUAAGCCCCUGAAUGGAUGCAUUAUUCAUUGUUCCCUUGCAUUGCCAAGAGUUGUCUUUGAGCUCCACACGACGGGUAUCGUAGAGAUGAUUCUUAGUCGACACGAAUAGUUGGACCGCGUCUGUGUGAAGCUUUACGUCGUGGGUAUGGUGGGUCGGAAGGGUGGCUUGGUCGGGUGGUGUUUGAGGUUCGCUUGAAGAUGGGAGGCCACCCGAUAGAUCGGGCGAGCCCGGUGAGCUUGGGGGGCGAGGGUCCUGAUUCAUACUUUAUGUAACGCGAUUGCUAGACGCGCAAGGUAGCGUGGUUCGAGCGC